AUGGGUAAAAUUAGAGCUAGAUCUACUAAAGUUUGUACGUUUUGCAAGAAGAGGAAAGUCAAAUGUGAUUUAGCUAAACCAUUUUGCCUGAAUUGUGUAAAGUAUAAACAAACUCAAUGUGUUUAUUCAGAUAUAGAACCAACUACAACUUCAACUUCGUCAGACAACCAAUCUUUAACAAAUUCAUUAAGUAAUGGUCCUGAAUAUUUACAUAGAAAUUCAAGUAACUCUACAAUGAGUACUAUAAAUAGUAAAAAUGGAAGUAUUGGAUCAGUUUUUUCAUCAUUAUCAAGAACAACUACAAAUUCAAAUGAAAAUGGGAAUUUAUUUACAAAUCAACAAUAUACAAUAGAAGAACAACCUCACCCAACAAUACCACCACCAUCACAAGUUCAUGAUGAAUUAUCAUUUUUAAAACAAAAAUUACAAGAUUUAGAAAAUAAAUUUCAUAAUCAACAACAAAUAACUACAACUUCACCACAUUUAUUAGGUAAUUCAAUAUCAAAUCAAAGUAGUCCCAAUAUUAGUUAUUCACCAAGAAGUACUUUAUUAACCCUUGUUGAUACAGAUUCAUUAUUAGGCUACAAUCCAUACGAAUCAGAAAAUGAUUUAUUUAGUUUUUUUGAUGGGUAUAAUCCAACUCAUGAAAAAGAACCUUUUCGAAAGAAAAAUUAUGGUCCAUUAUCUUGGGUAACUAUGUUAAAAAUUGAUGCUGCUAUAAGUUCAGUUUGGGUUGAAAUGGGUAAUCUUAAAAAGCAAAUGAAAGAAAGAGGAUUUGUUCAUGGGUUUCAAAUUACUGAUCAAUCUGCUCAAGUUGAUAAAGAUUUUUCUGAAAAGGCAUAUGACGAUGAAGGGAAUAAUGAUUUAAAACCAUUUAAAGAUUUUAAACCUGUUACAAAAUCAAAAUUUGUGUUAAGUCAAGAGAAAAUUAAUGAAAAAGCUUUAUCUCUCGGUUUAUCUUUUUAUAAAGGUGGAUUAGAUACUGAAGUUGAAUUAGUUGAGAAAAUUAGGUUGGUAUUACCAAAACAAAAAGUUAUAUGGAUGUUAUUCAAGAGGUUUUUUAGUCAUUUAUACGUUGCUAUGCCAAUUAUUGAUGAAAUGGUAUUAAAAGAAGACUUGCAACAUUUAAUUGGAUUGGAAGAUUAUCAAGAUAUUGAUGUGGUUGUAAAGAUUGAAAAAAAAUUAGAUUUUGCAACAUUGGGAGUGCUUCUUAUCAUUCUUAGGUUUAGUUAUAUAUCAUUAUUUUCACAAGAUUCAACCAUCAAUGAAAUAAAUUUUCAAACAAAUGAUCCAACAAAGCAACAAAUUAAAUUUUUAUUAAACAAUCCAAUAAAUCUUGAUGUCAUUGAUGUUGCAAAAUUAUGUUUAGAUCAAUUUAAUAUUUAUCGAGGUUGUAAUUUAACUUUAUUACAAUUAGCUUUAUUAACAAGAUUAUAUAAUUAUUAUGCACCUGAAGCUGGUGAUGGAAUUGAUGGAGGUGAUGCUCAAGUAUUUAAUGCAACAUUAGUUCAAAUGGCUAUGUCAAUUGGUUUACAUAGAGAACCAAAUAAAUUUAAAGAUGCACAUAAUGAUGAUAAAUUAAAUAAUUUAGGUAGGAAAAUUUGGUAUUAUUUAUUAAUUCAAGAUAUGAAUAAUGCAAUGGCUGAUGGUACUCCAUGUGCAGUAAGAUUUACUUCAUUUGAUACAAAACCACCAUAUUAUAGACCAGGUAAUGAAAAUGUAUUAGAUGUUGAAGUUGAAAAAGUUGCUUGUGGUUGUUUCCCAAAAUUUGAUAAUGUUUAUGAACCAAUGUCUGAAACUUUUGAUUUAUUUUUUGCUGUUAAAAAUUCAAUAAAUAUGGGUGAAUUAUCAAAUAGAUUAAAUUAUUUGGAAAAUCAUUUUAAAGAAAAAUAUCAAAAUAUUGCUACUAAUUAUAAUGAUCCAGACCAAGUUUCAACUAAAGAUUUAAUGCCAUCCACUAUUAAAUUAAAGAUUUAUUUUACCAGUAAUUUUUUUUUGGUUACAAUUUAUUUAUUUUUAUACAAUUUUUAUGAAAAAAGAAACAAUUUACAACUUCAAUAUUUUUACUUGAAGAAGAUGGUAGUCAUUAUAGUAUACGAGAUUAUGCCAUUUUUCGUUGAAUGUAUCACUCACAAGAAGAAUAUGUUUAAAAGUGCAGUUGAUUUAGUUGCCACACCAAGUUUUUUAACAGCUGCUCAUAAAUCAGUCAUUGUAUUAACUGCAAUAUAUUUAAGAUUAAAAUUUUGGGUUAGAAAUUGUGAAAAGACAUAUAAUCAUAUAACAAAAUUAAGAUCACAAGAUGGUAAUGAUAAUAAUUAUAAAUUACAUUUUCAAAAAUUAUUAAAUUUAGUAGAUAUGACUUCAAAAAGUCUUGAUAUUUUUAGAGAUGGAAUUGGUAGAUUAUCACAUAGAUAUUAUUAUGCAUGGAGAGUUACAAAAGCUCAAAAUUUCCUUAGGUCUUCUUUCAAUGAUGAAUUUUUUGCAAAUUAUUCACCAAUUUUCCAUUCUCAAGUAUUAGAUAUAGAUAUGUUGGGACAAUUAGAACAUAUUUUUGAAACUUCUAUAAAAAAAGUUCAUAAAUUGAAAAAACAACAUAAACAACAACAACAAGAACCAAAUAAUAAUUUAUUUGAACAACCACCACCAUUAAAGAAAAAUUCAAUAAGUUCAUCAACUUCAUCAGAUAAUGAAUAUCAAAAACCAAAUGAUCAAGUAGAUAGUAUAUGGUUACAAAUGAUGAACCUCAAAAAUGAUAAUAAUUUUAAUUUAAAAUUUCAAGAUCCAAUAGGUAAUACAAUGAAUUCAAUAAUAAACCCAAGUACUCCAACUUAUAUGAAUAAUUUAUCAUUUAGUCCUCCCAAUUUUAAUUUCCCCCAACAACAACAACAACAACAGGCUGGUCCUUUUGCUAAUCAACAACAACAACAAUUUCAAGUUGAUUUUAAUAAUUAUUUUAAUGAUAAAGAUAUGUUUGAAAAUUUCCCACUUGAUGAAUUAUUAAAAGAUUUUUAA